AUGCCAGAACUGCUGGCAGUUCCACUCGCCCGUACAGUGUACGGCGACGAAGACAUGCAGAACCUGCGGCGCCACUAUGAGCACGUCACUGAAAACUGCCAGACAGCGCCAAGAUGUGCUAGUUUCCACGGCCCACACCACGCAGACCAUGAGCAGUGCUACGCACGACCCAAGAAGGUCGGUAACACCUACCACAAACUCUCGAAGUCGCAGAAAAGCCACGCUAGAAAACUCAGAGCAGACGAUUAUAGCCGACAGAACAUGGAAAAACAUGACCCAUCACUAGACAACCUACGAACGCAGAACAAUAAGACCACGACAAUCGGCAACAUAGAAGAGAUUGACAUAGAGAUGGCGGACACAGCCGAAGAAGACGACAUCACGACACCGCCACAGGAGGACUCUCUGCCCGCCUUAGGAGGAGACGAUGACAUAAGAGACAUCGAGCAAGAACAGCUGCAGAGCGAUGCGUGUGCUAUCGAAGAAGAGGAUAUAGAGACUAGAAGAGCGGAAGAAAACCGAAGGGGGGAAGAGGAUGACACCGACAGCAACGAGGGCGAGGACGAAGAUGCAGACAACCAGGACGAAGACGAAAAUGACAACAACGAUAUUAUAGACGAACGAGAAGACACACGGCAAAAUGACCAGAGUGAGAAAGAGGUCCCUAAGAACUUGAGGUAA